UGCUUAAUUGGCAGGGGUUAAUUAGGAGUCAGGGCUGUGCCUGCUUCCUCUCUCCCAGCUGGCUUGCAGGGCUUGCACUCGCAGGGGGAGAUGCAGGAAAGGCUCGGCGGCAGGCAGGGGUGACGCCGAGGGGUGCCGGGAGCCGCGCGCUGUGCUGGUCCCUCCGCGAGACGUGAAGCUCCCUAGAAGAUGGGUGACUGGGGUUUCCUGGAGAAACUGCUGGACCAAGUCCAGGAGCACUCCACCGUGAUCGGGAAGAUCUGGCUGACCGUGCUCUUCAUCUUCCGCAUCCUCAUCCUCGGCUUGGCCGGGGAGUCCGUGUGGGGGGACGAGCAGUCGGAUUUUGUGUGCAACACCAAGCAGCCGGGCUGCACCAACGUCUGCUAUGACAAAGCCUUCCCCAUCUCCCACAUCCGCUACUGGGUGCUCCAGUUCCUUUUUGUCAGCACUCCCACUUUGAUUUACCUCGGCCACGUUGUCUAUCUCUCCCGGCAGGAGGAGAAACUGAAGCAGCAGGAAAGUGAGCUUCGGGCCAUCCAUAGCAAGGACCCCAAGAUAGAGCAGGCCCUGGCAGUGGUGGAAAAGAAGAUGUCCAAGAUCUAUGUGACAGAGGAUGGGCGGCUCAAGAUCCGAGGGGCCCUGAUGUGGACGUACAUCAUUAGUGUGAUCUGCAAGAGCAUCUUUGAGGCUGGCUUCCUCAUUGGCCAGUGGUACCUCUAUGGCUUUUCCAUGUUGCCCCGUUAUGUGUGCAAGAGGGACCCCUGCCCUCAUCAGGUGGAUUGCUUCAUCUCCCGCCCCACUGAGAAGAGCAUCUUCAUCAUCUUCAUGCUGGUGAUGGGCCUGAUCUCCUUAAUCCUGAACCUCCUGGAGCUCUUCCACCUCUGCUGCAAGAACCUGCUUAGCAACAUCAAGAAAGUGUCGGUGCCGACCAGCCCAGGCCAGGACACCUUCGCUGACAAUGUGGUCUCUGGCCCCUACCCACCCAAGCACUACCCCUUCCUCCCCAUGGGCGAGAGCCAUACGCCGCCCUACCAGGCCUACAACAAGCUCUCCAGUGAGCAGAACUGGGCCAACUUCAACAACGAGGAGAACCUGGCCAUGAGCAGCGGCAGCAGGCCCCUAUCAGACCCCUACGCCGUGAGGGCUGCUGAAGCCCUGGCUCCCGAUGAGAAGCAGUGCAGCCGCCCCAGCAGCUCGGCCUCUAAAAAGCAGUAUGUCUAGCGCCGGGUGCCGGCGGC